CUUGAUGCUCUGGAGGAGCAUGCCGCUUACAGCACGCACUACCACACCCAGGAGCAGGCCUGCGAGGAGGAGGAGGAGGAAGAGGUCGUGUCACUGAUCGAUCUCAACGACUCAUUGCAGAGAGCUGAGACAUAUCAUAAGAGGCUGGAGACAGAAGUGCUAACCUUCCUCUCUAUGGUGAAAGAGAAUGGACUGGCUGAAAGGCUUCCUGUGGACAUGGUGCAAAAAGUACGGGACGUUUGCGAGCUCUCCAACGAGACGUGUACUGCCCUGCAGCAGUGCGUCAAUCUCUUCUCCAAACAGGAAGGGGCACGGAGCCAGAAGCUGGUACAGGAAGUGGAGAAGAAUAAGAUCCUAUCGGAGGCUCUACAGACUCUGGCCACAGAGCACCAUGAGCUGGAGCAGUCCGUCGUCAAGGGCUCAUCACAGCGCAGCGCCCUCAGUGAAGACGAGUUUUAUGAUGCCCUCUCUGACUCCGAGUCCGAGCGCUCGUUGAGCGGCUUCGAGACGCUGGCCAGCCGCUCCGUCGACGAAGAGGAGGACAACAACGAGGAAGAGGAGGAAGGCUCCGAACUCUUCCGCAGUACGCGCAGCCGCCCCGUCACCAGGAUGUCGCAGGAGGAUCGCCGUGGUGAUGAAGAGGACGAGGACACCAGGCCUAAUGGCGUGAAGAAGCACAGAACGACUUUGCCAGCACCCAUGUUCUCCAGAAAUGACUUCAGCAUCUGGAGUAUUCUGCGGAAGUGCAUUGGAAUGGAGCUGUCUAAGAUCACGAUGCCCGUCAUCUUUAAUGAGCCCCUCAGCUUCCUUCAAAGGCUGUCCGAGUACAUGGAGCACACGUACCUCAUUCACCAAGCCAACGUCUCCACAGACUCCAUCGAGAGAAUGAAGUGUGUCGCAGCGUUUGCCGUGUCUGCUGUGGCCUCUCAGUGGGAGAGGACAGGGAAACCAUUCAACCCCCUGCUAGGGGAGACCUAUGAGCUAGUCAGAGAGGACCUGGGAUUCAGACUGGUCUCGGAGCAGGUGAGCCACCACCCUCCAGUGAGCGCCUUCCAUGCAGAGGGGCUCCAGAACGACUUUGUGUUCCACGGCUCCAUCUACCCCAAGCUGAAGUUCUGGGGCAAGAGUGUGGAGGCAGAGCCCAAAGGCAUCAUCACCCUAGAGCUUCCCAAAUCUAAUGAAGCCUUCACAUGGACAAACCCCACGUGUUGUGUGCACAACAUCAUUGUGGGCCAGCUGUGGAUCGAGCAGUAUGGUACUAUGGAGAUCAUCAACCACCAAACUGGGGAAAGAUGUCAUCUAAAUUUCAAACCUUGUGGACUCUUUGGUAAAGAGUUGCACAAGGUUGAAGGCUACAUCUUAGAUAAAAGUAAAAAAAAGCUGUGUAUGCUGUAUGGAAAGUGGACAGAAUGCUUGUACACAGUGGACCCUGCAGCAUUUGAAGCCCAUAAGACGAAUGACAAGAAGGCUGCAGAGGAAAAGAGCAACAGACCGUGCCCGGGCGGAGGAGGGGAGUCUGACGCCGGCCCGUUACCUGAGAAUGACACUGUGGAGUUGAUCCCUGGCAGCCAGCUGCUCUGGAGGAUAGCAGCCAGGCCACCCAACUCCACAGAGAUGUACAGCUUCACUAUGUUUGCCAUGCAGCUGAAUGAGUUGGAUAAGGAGAUUGAGGAAGUUAUCCCCAAGACUGAUUGCAGACUGAGACCAGACAUACGGGCCAUGGAAAAAGGAGACAUUGACUUGGCAAGUGAGGAGAAGAAGAGGUUAGAGGAGAAACAGAGGGUAGCGCGUAAGAAACGCUCCCCGACAAACGAGGAAUGGAAGACUAAAGGCCCGGCCCUCGGUCCCAGAUGGUUUCAACAGAGUCCGAAUCCCCAUAACGGAGCUCAGGACUGGAUCUUCUCCAGUGGUUACUGGGACAGAAACUACAGCCAGCUGCCUGACAUUUACUAAGAAACACCGAUUCCAAGAUGUUGCUGUGAAUGGAAAUGACAGCAGCAUUGUGAAAGCAACCCUCAGAUGUCCCAUAUUUAACUUUUUAUCCGGCUAUCAUGUUGCUGUGGCUGUUUCCUGCCCCAGUGUUUGGACUGUUUUGUUUUACUUUUUUCCUUAUUUUUUAUUUUUUAUUUUUUUUUAAGGGAUAUGACAAGGAUGAGGAUUGUGAUUUAAAAAUGCAAGCAUCUAAUGGCCUUACAGUUACACGAUUAUAUUACAAAUGUACUGUACUCGAAAAUAGCAAUAUCCUGUUAAGCAGAAACAAUCUUAUGCCAUUCCAACUGCUGUUUAAAAUGCAUCACAAUUAUUACAUCAAAAGAGUAAAACAUUGAACGCUUAUGGGAGUGUUCUUCCAGCCUUUAGUAGACUGUGGCAAUUGAGCAGGGUUAAUGUCAUCAGGGUUGUGGUUUUGUUUGGGACUUUAGUCACCAAGACUUGAGACAAGAUCUUGAGUUGUUAUUCUCUCUCAAUGCUACAGCUCUACGCUACGUGUCUAUUUGUGGAAAAACACUUAGUAUAUGCAAACAGACCUGGAGGUCCAUCAUCUCAUGUGCUGAGGUUAUCCCAGUUCGUUCUGGGAUGGAGUCAGAGUGUCUGUGUUUGAAAGCUGCUUUCACUUUGUAAUGAGUCUGUCACCACCAUGUGGUCAGAUUAGUGCUGUUGGACAUGUGCAGGAAUAAUCUCUUGAUACAUGGCUUCAUAAAUGUUUCGGUACAUCCGCCUUUUCUUCAUUUUAGUGGUCUUUGCUUUGCUCUGAGUUGUAUUUCUGUGUUCAUAUUCAUGUACUUCUGUCCUUUCUCAUGUAAUUUAUGGACACCGAACAACACUAUUCUUUGAUGAAUAGCAGUUGCACCAAGGUGUUGAUAAGGAUUUGAAUGUGGUCAUCUUUUAUUUAAGAAAAGAAACUAACUAACACUGUGGAUCUGUAGAUUUGCCUUACUAUGGCCCUACACAGAUUACUAAAUAACAAUAAAGGGCCCAGUAUUUCAAACUAGAGGUUACGUUUUUGCUGAAGCUGUUGCUAAGUAAAAAUGUAUCAUGUCACUUUACUUUGUAAGAAGUGUGAAAAUGUGAGUCUGUAAUUUACUAACCUCAGAUAGUCAGUACUUUGUCAUUUCUGUACAUAAAGUACAUCUGUGUGUGUCGUGCUGCCUGGAUAUGAGUGUAUGUUUGUAAUGGAGAGAGUAUGAGUGGAAACGGCUUACCUUUAAAGUGACCUACUGAACAAAUGUUAAAAAAAAAUUGCAAAAAUUACUCUAGUUUGGAAAAUGUCUUGCCUUUUAACCACAAUAAGUAAAAGUCACCAUUGGUCUGCUGAUAUACAUAAUGUUACUGGCGAUCCAUGAAUAUGUUUAUGAAGUCCACCUUCUACUUUAUGUACAGAUAUUGGGAGAUGUUUAAGGUCUUGUCUUUAUAUUUGUUUGGCAUGAAUAUGGACUGUCUUCAUGUACACAUCACUUAAUAAACCAUUUAACAAUUUGAA